CCGGGGUGUCUCCGACGUCAUAGGAAGGCGCCGCCGGCGGAGGCCGCACGUGGGCUCGGGUUUGGAAACUUUCGGGCUGGGCCAUGGAUACGCCGCUUAGACGCAGCCGGCGGCUGGAGGGCCUAAAGCCGGAAGCCCCCGAGAGCCUCGCCUCAGUUUCGCGGGCGAGACGGGCCCUUGUGGAGUUCGAGUCGAACCCAGAAGAAACGCGGGAGCCCGGGUCUCCUCUCGGUGUGCGGUCACUUGGCCUAGAGUCUCCCCGACGCCAGCCGGGGACAAGCCCGGGAUCACCCAGCCUGCCGCAGCGUGCAGACUUGGGGUCCCCCCGAAGACAGCCAGAGCCGGGCCCAGAGUCCCCCCAGCAUCGGCAAGAGCCCCGCCUGGGGUCGCCUCGCAGACAGCCAGAGUCGAGUCCCGAAUCCCGUCAGCCUCAGCCAAAGCCGAGUGAGGAGUCGCCAAAGUGCCCCCAGGACCGAGGAGAGCUGGACUCGGAGCUGGCCCACAGUAAGGAGGAGCCGGCCCCGGCCUCCCCCGCACAUCAGCUGCAGCCGGGAGCAGGGUCACCAGAGCCCUACCCGGGUCAACAAGCGCCGGGUCCCGAACCCUCGCAACCACCACAGGAGCUGACGCCCCCAGCCCCCGACUCCCCCGGGAGCCAGCAUGAGCCAAGCAAGCCGCCUCCAUCCGGAGGGACGGUGACAGGCGGCCUCAGCGCAAAGAAGCGAAAUGGAUCUUCAACGCAGGCCCCAGCGUCCAAGAAGUUGAAGAAGGAGCAGGAGGAGCUUCCUGUCAUCCCUAAGGGGAAGCCCAAAUCCGGGCGGGUAUGGAAGGACCGCUCCAAGAAGAGGUUCUCCCAGAUGGUUCAGGACAAGCCCCUGCGCACAUCCUGGCAGCGGAAGAUGAAGGAGCGACAGGAGAGGAAGCUGACCAAGGACUUCGCCCGGCACCUGCAGGAGGAGAAGGAGAGGCGCCGGCAGGAGAAGAAGCAGCGCCGGGCUGAGAACCUGAGGCGCCGCCUGGAGAACGAGCGGAAGGCUGAGAUCGUCCAAGUGAUCCGAAACCCUGCCAAGCUCAAGCGGGCAAAGAAGAAGCAGCUGCGCUCCAUUCAGAAGCGGGACACGCUGGCCCUGCUGCAGAAACAGCCACCUCAGCGGCCGGCAGCCAAGGUCUGAACUGCGGACAGCCCCAAGGGCCCCCAAGACCAACAGUCACAUCAGACACAGCCAUCUGGCCCCUCAGGCCAGUAGUCAGACACCUCUGCUGGAGCCAGCACUCCAGCCAGCGGCCUCAAGACAGGGACUUCGCCCUGGACAGGACUCCUGGGCCUUUGAGGGGUCUUGGGCAGGUUUCUGGGGGACAGGCUGCGGGCGGGAAGAGGUUCCGCUCCCUCUCCUUCCUCGUCCUCCAAGUACCUGCCGACCAAGAACAGUAAAUUCUGGUUUCUCAUUGA